GAAAGGACAUUCAUCGUGGCGUUCAAACAGAGCUUGAGUAAAAUGACAAACUUCAACAUCAACAUCGUGUCGGACACCAUCUGCCCAUGGUGUUAUGUCGGCAAGAAGCGCCUCGAAAAGGGCAUUGCAGCAUACAAGCAGAAGCACCCAGAGUCCGACGACACAUUUUCAACGCAAUGGUUCCCAUUUUACCUGAACCCUGAUGCCGGCAAGAGCCUUGACAAGCAGGAGAUGUAUAUCAAGAAAUUUGGCAAGGAGCGCACAGCAACAAUCAACCAGAUGCUCGCCAAGGUCGGCCAAGAUGAGGGUAUCAACUUCAAGUUUGGCGGCAACACGGGAAACACCCGCGAUUCACAUCGCCUUGUCCAACUCGGCAAGACCAAAGGACCGAAGAUGCAGACGCGCGUUGUCGAGGAACUAUUUGCUGCGUACUUCGAGAACGAGAAGGACAUCACGACGCACGAGGUGUUGAUUGAGAGCGGUGUGAAGGCUGGUCUUGAAGAGAAGGAAAUCAAGCAGUGGUUGGACAGUGGGAAAGGUGGUGCUGAGGUCGACAAUGAGGUGCAGGAUGCGCGCGAGCAGAACAUCAGUGGUGUGCCGAACUUCACGAUCAACGAUCGCUUUGAGAUCGGUGGAGCGCAGGAACCAGCUGCUUUCGUGCAGCUGUUUGAGCGUUUGAAAAGGAUGGAAGGCAGUCUUUGAGGUGUAGACUGCAUGUGAUUUAGAUUCUUGAAUGCGCACGAUUGGCUUGCAUUCGGCUGUCGAACAUAUGAUGCGAUCAGCUUUAACGGUUGGUAACUCACACAGCGCACAAAGUUAUACAUACCUUAUGUUCAGUACCACAACCUCCGAAUACCCACAUCACUAACGAUACUGAUUAUCAAAGUUUCUAACACUACUAAACAUCUUGAGCGUUCAGCCUACAAGGUUGCAUAUAAUGU